AUGAGUCGGGAAGAGACACCCCCAAGGCAUUGGUGGGCUCUCUCUGGCCCUGCGGGUACCCCUGACGCUCGUACUUCCAUUCUGCUUUGUUGCGAGAUGACGUGUGGACGCAUGUACGAUGUCCUCAAUGCCAAUAAAGCAGCCUUGCCAGCUUCGAUUGCCAGUCUCCUUACGAUCGCAUCCCUUUGGCUCUCUCAUCACUACUUUGCUUACCUUGUAUUGUCUCCACGCCUCACCGAGUCGCUUAGCAUCACAGCCGAGACGUCGUCUGCCUCGCUCCCUCCGGUUGCCGACCAUGGCAACUAUCGUCGUCCACUCGACACUACCCACCUUCAGGAUGCCGACCGUCAGAGACUGGCCGUUGCUCGCGCGGUUUGCGCCAGUUUGAUGCCGCUAGGCAAUGCACCGGCCAAUCACGGCGAUACAAAUGUUUGUUGGCGGGUCGAGGAAAGAUGGUGCACCGGCAAAGGUUCGGGCAUUUCCCUUGCUGGAUCUUACUACGGCUUUGGUCAAUUUUCUGCCGCGUUUUUCACUUUCUUUUGUGCUAUGUGGUGCUCUGCGAAGGAGCGGACUGCCUUUUUGCGCCUAGUGGCAACAGAGCAGUCUUGGCGUCGCUGUACCUUGGCUGACUUAACGAUGUACUUGAUCUGCUAUGCGCUGGGUUGUAUGUGCGUUCGCGGCAUUUGUUGUGACUUCUCAACAGGCUAG